GCAGAAGGCUUAGAAAUAUUUCCUGCUUCUCUCCCUUGGCCUCCUGGUUUGGCAAUGAAAAAAGUCCAGUUUCCGCCCUGUGAUUGUUCCAGAAAACCAAGGAUUGCUAAAGGCCAUUGUGUCACGUUUGCCCAAUCCUUGCCACUUGACAGCCUGGCCCUCCACGCCACAUCCCCUGCCCUCCCCCUCGUCUCCUCCCUCUGCCCUCUCCUGAUUUCCACACCCCUGGCUGCCGUGGGACGGGGAGGCCUGAUAAAAACAGGCUGGCGUCCGUCACUGAGCCAGCACCAUGGUGCGGUCUGCGGCCUGCACAGGUUUGAUGGUUCUGCUGACGAUCCAGUGGGCAAUGCGGAGCUGAAGACGCUGCUGGCCACUGGGGGCUGGAACUUCGGCACGCAGAAGUUCACGGAUAUGGUGGCUACAGCCAACAACCGACAGACUUUUGUCAACUCGACCAUCAAGUUUCUUCGCAAAUAUGGCUUCGAUGGCCUUGACCUUGACUGGGAGUACCCAGGGAGCCGGGGGAGCCCUCCCUCGGAUAAGCAGCGCUUCACAGCCCUGGUGCAGGACCUGGCCAGCGCCUUCCGGCAGGAAGCCCAGACAGCAGGGAAGGCACGCCUCCUGCUGAGCGCAGCCGUCCCAGCCGGGCGGCGCUGCAUGGAAGCUGGAUACGAGGUGGACAAAAUUGCUCAGAACCUGGAUUUCAUCAGCCUUAUGGCUUACGACUUCCAUGGCUCUUGGGAGAAGACCACAGGCCAUAACAGCCCCCUCUACCAGAGGCAGGGAGAGAGUGACGCCGCGGCCGAGCUGAACGUGGACUCUGCUGUGCAACGGUGGCUGCGGAAGGGGACCCCCGCCGACAAACUGAUCCUUGGCAUGCCCACCUAUGGACGAUCCUUCACUCUGGCUUCCUCCCUGGACACUGGAGUGGGGGCCCUAGCCACAGGGCCUGGAACUCCUGGUCCCUUCACCAAAGAGCGGGGACUGCUGGCUUAUUAUGAGAUCUGUUCCUGGAAGGGGGCUGCUGAGCGCAGAACUGAGGACCAGAAGGUGCCCUAUGCCUUCCAGGGCAACCAGUGGGUGGGUUUUGAUGACGUGGAGAGCUUCAAAGCCAAGGUCAGCUAUCUGAAGCAGAAGGGACUGGGCGGGGCCAUGGUCUGGACACUGGACAUGGAUGACUUUGCUGGCUUCUUCUGUAACCAGGGCCAAUACCCCCUCAUCAAGAUGCUGUCAUUGGAGCUGAGUCUCUCACGUGUGCCUCUGGGCCCCCCAGAGCCUGAAGCUCCCGCACCAGGCCAGCCCUCUGAACCUGAGCAUGACUCCAGCCUUGGACAAGAUGCUUUCUGCCAGGGCAAAGCUGACGGGCUCUACCCCAACCCUCUGGACCGGUCCAGCUACUUCACUUGUUCAAGGGGGUGGCUGUUCCAGCAAAGCUGCCCGAGGAGCCUGGUGUUCAGCUCUUCUUGCAAAUGCUGCACUUGGAGUUGAGUCUCCACGGCCCCUCCAGCCCAUCACUCCCACGGCCCACCUUCCCAGCUGUCCCUGGUGGCUGCAAUCUGGCUCCUUGCGUCUUUCCACAAUCAAACUUUCUGUCUCAGCCUUGGGUUCCUUUUG